UAUCCUCCAAAGCAAGCAAGGUGAAAAGAGAACGACAGAGUCACAGAUAGGCGAAAUGGCGCUCGACGACGAUGAUUGGAAUUUCAGCGUCGAAGAACUUGACUCACUCGAAAGAGAAGCUCUGAAGAAGAUCGCAGAGAGGAAAAUUUCUUCUGCAACUGCUUCCGUCAGUUCGUCUUCCCACGAAACUCCUUCGAAGUACUUCCAACAAUCUCCCGCGAAACCUACCACAGAAUCUCGCUUUGACAGCAAGGUAGAAGCUACAUCUCCUGUGGCAAGAGUCUUGCCCAUGUCAAUGCCAUUUGGAGGAAUUGAUAAUGAUAACGGAAAAGAAUUGCCGAAGCUCUCUGUCCACCUCUUUCUUCAUGCUAGUGGAAACAUUGCUGCAAAGUUUCCUUAUGACCCAGUCCUCAUAAAUGCUUUCCGCAAGAUCCCAAAAGCUAGUUGGCAUGGCAAAGAAAGAUUAUGGAUGUUUCCACUGCCCUCUUUGUCAUCAGCAGAAAAAGUUCUAGGUGAACUAGAUGGUUCUAAUAUUCAGGUAGAGAAAUUAGAUCCUCUUGUACGACGUGCUAUAGCUGCUGCCUUUGCUGUUCCAGAUCUUCGAGAUUUAUAUGAUAGGAUGCCAUGUUCAAUUGAAUCAAAGCUCCUACCUUUCCAGCGUGAUGGAGUUAGAUUUGUAUUGCAGCAUGGAGGACGUGCCCUCUUAGCAGAUGAGAUGGGUCUUGGGAAAACGUUACAGGCGAUUGCUGUUGCUGGAUGUGUUCGUGAUUCCUGGCCUGUUCUAGUUCUGACUCCUUCUUCGUUGCGUUUGCAUUGGGCUUCUAUGGUUCAACAGUGGCUGAAUAUUCCUUCUUCAGACAUUGUUGUGGUAUUAUCACAGUGGGGUGGGUCAAAUAGGGCAGGGUUUACUAUAGUACAAUCAAGUGCGAAGGGGACCAUACACCUUGAUGGUGUAUUCAACAUUGUAUCAUAUGAUGUCAUACCUAAGUUACAGCAUCUCCUCAUGGCUUCAGAAUUCAAGGUUGUAAUUGCAGAUGAGUCACACUUCCUCAAGAAUGCUCAAGCAAAAAGGACUAGUGCUUCUGUUCCAGUUAUACAGAAAGCCAAAUUUGCAAUUUUGCUCAGUGGGACUCCUGCUUUGUCACGACCAAUUGAACUAUUCAAACAGUUGGAAGCCUUGUAUCCAGAAGUAUAUAAAAAUGUUCAUGAGUAUGGAAAUCGAUAUUGCAGGGGUGGUAUAUUUGGAAUCUACCAAGGUGCAAGUAACCAUGAAGAGUUGCACAAUUUGAUGAAGGCAACUGUGAUGAUUCGUAGGCUUAAGAAAGAUGUUCUUUCUGAACUUCCUGUAAAGCGUAGACAACAGGUCUUCCUAGAUUUGGCUGAAAAGGAUAUGAGACAAAUUAAUGCACUGUUCCGUGAGUUGGAGGUGGUGAAAAACAAAAUUAAGGCUUGCAAUUUGAAGGAGGAGGUUGAAUCACUUAAAUUUUCUGAGAAAAAUCUAAUCAAUAAGAUUUAUACCGAUUCUGCUGAAGCCAAGAUUCCUGCAGUCCUUGAUUACCUGGGAACUGUCAUUGAGGCAGGUUGCAAGUUCCUAAUUUUUGCACAUCACCAGGCUAUGAUUGAUGCAAUAUUCCAAUUUCUGCGUAACAAGAAGGUUGGUUGUAUUCGAAUAGAUGGGGGUACCCCAGCAUCAUCAAGGCAAACUCUAGUAUCAGAUUUUCAGGAGAAAGAUGAUAUCAAGGCUGCUGUGUUAUCGAUUAAAGCUGGAGGUGUUGGACUAACAUUAACAGCAGCAAGCACAGUCAUCUUUGCCGAACUGUCUUGGACUCCAGGUGACAUAAUACAAGCAGAAGAUCGUGCUCAUAGGAUUGGCCAGGUGUCAUCGGUCAACAUAUACUACCUGCUAGCAAAUGAUACAGUUGAUGACAUUAUUUGGGAUGUGGUGCAGAGCAAAUUGGAAAACCUGGGACAGAUGCUUGAUGGCCAUGAGAACACAUUGGAGGUGUCGGUCAGUGAAUCAACAAGAAGCCCUGCCAAGCGGGGACCACUUGACUCAUUUGUGAAGCGCUGCAACAAGGAUGAAUCGGGGCCUCGUCAAAAAUAUGCCAGACAUUAGGAUGCCUAAUGCUUUAAUAUUUUAUUUUCUUUUUCUGUUUUUUUUUUUUUUUUUUUUUCGGGGGGGGAGAGUGUUAUGUAUUAUGUAUGGUAUUUGCGUACAAAACCCCACCCCUAGUUUGUACAUGGAAAUAAUCUGGUGUUUUUCUCAUCCUUUUUCUUUUUUUUUUCCAUAUUAAAAGGUGAGGUAAUGUUACAUUCUGGUAACCUGUAUGUGCUAAUGUAUUUCAUAUUCUACAU